UGGAGAAGUCAUGCACAAUCGGGAUAGAAAAAGAAAGGCUGCCCCCAACUGGUGAAACUGAAAUCAGAACCCGGAAAUAGGUGGCGAAAUUAGGACGUUGUAGAACACGGAUUGUCGGAGCUGUCUCCUCUUCUUACUCGUAGUUAAAUAACUUUAAACCCUACUUUAAAGUGGCAUGGAGCAGGUAUCAAACAAGAUGUUCAGCGCGAGACGACUGUUCGCCCCGAUGAAGUGUUUCUACACAUGAGCUUAGCUAGCCAACGUCGCCAUGCCAUCGCCUACAAGUGUGAUCGGGGAUUUCUAUUGGAGAAGCAGUUUUAGCUUAUCUUCAAACCACAGGAGGUUGGUGGCACCUUAAUUGGGGAGGACGGGCUUGUGGUAAUGGCUGCAGUGGAAUGGUAUCAAACACAUGGUUUGAUGCCAUUCCAUUCACUCCGUUCCAGACAUUAUGAUGAGCCGUGCUUCAUACUAUACCGAAAUAAUAAAAUAUUUCAGUUGUGUAUCUUACUUAGUUUUUAUUUGAUUACUACAUUAUUUUUAAUUCCUUAAAGUCAUCAUCUCAUCUCUGCUCAGGCAGUAGAAGCCAGACAACGUUCUCUGUGUUUUCCAUACUGAACUGUCUUUAGUCAUCCUAUUUAGCUAGGCUUGCCUGCCUAAGCAUGCUGCAAAGAUGGCUGACGAAAACAUUUGACUAGUUCUUCAAAGUAGCCUUUGACUGAGCCACAACGGAUAAGACAGGAGUGAAGAGACCUCCCCGCCCCUAACAGUCACACUUGGACAAACCCAUCAUGUUGGUGACAGUCUACCUGGCCAUGGUGGUGCUACUGGUGCUGUGUGUCUGUCUGGAGCUAACGGCACGUCGCUUCACCCCACCUCAACCCACCCCCUCUGCCAUGGGCACCAACCCUGCCUUCCGUAGGUUCCAGACCUUGUUCCUCCGAGGCUACCUCUUAGCCUUGUCGGGUGACUGGCUGCAAGGGCCAUACCUCUACAAGCUCUACCGCCAUUACAGCUUCCUGGAGUCCCAGAUAGCCAUCCUGUAUGUCGUUGGCCUGGCCUCCUGUGUGCUGUUUGCCCCUGUGGCUAGCUGGUUUCCUCAGGUCCUGGGGCGGAGACGGACCUGCCUGCUCUUCUGCGUGGCCUACUCAGCCUGUUGCCUCACCAAGCUGUCCCGUGACUACUUUGUCCUGAUCCUGGGUCGCGUGCUAGGAGGCCUGUCCACCUCUUUGCUCUCCACAGCCUUCCAGGCGUGGUACGUGCACCGACAUGUUGACAUCCACGACUUCCCUAAAGAAUGGAUCCCCAGUACCUUCACCAAGGCUGCUAGCUGGAACCACGGGCUGGCGGUGGGGGCUGGGCUGGUGGCUAACAUGCUGGCUGAGUGGCUCCACCUGGGGCCUGUGGCGCCCUUCCUCCUGGCCGUGCCCUGCCUGGGGGCCUGUGGCUGGGUGGUGCUGACUGAUUGGGGUCUGGAGGAGAAGGAUGGAAGCCUGGAAGGGGACAACAAGACGCCCUUGCUCGGUCCUUCUAGUUCAGCACCUCUGGCCCGGGCUUCUGCGCAGGCCCGGUUCUGGCGCAGCUGUCAGGAAGGCCUCCGCUGUCUCUUAUCAGACAGACGGGUGAUGCUGCUAGGAGGAGUCCAGGCUCUAUUUGAGAGUGUCCUCUAUAUAUUCAUCUUCCUGUGGACCCCCGUCCUGGACCCCUACGGCCUCCCGCUGGGCAUGGUCUUCUCCUGCCUGAUGGCAGCCAGUAUGGCGGGGUCCCUGCUCUAUCGCCUGGCCACCUCCACCUGCUACCGCCUCCAGCCUGGUCACCUGCUCUGCUUCUCCAUGCUGCUCGCCUUUUUCUCCUUCUUCAUGCUCAUCUUCUCCACUGCCCCGGGCCAGCCCAGACCCCGCGAGUCCCUGCUGGCCUUCCUGAUGCUGGAGCUGGCCAGUGGCCUCUACUUCCCUGCUGUCAGCUUCCUCCAGGGGAGGGUGAUCCCAGAGGAGAAGAGGGCCGGGGUGCUGGCCUGGUUCAGGCUGCCCCUUCACCUGACGGCCUGCCUGGGGCUGCUGGCGCUCCACAGGGAGGUGUCGGGGACCGGAGGGGGCGAGGGGGGUAGUGGAACCAGGCACAUGUUUGGUGGUUGUGCUGUUUUGAUGCUAGCUGCACUCUUGGCUGUGGUCAGUCUCUUUACACUGGGAAGGAACGAUGUGGAUCUCAGACUGGAUGGGCCCAAAGGAGAGGGAGAUGUAUGACAUUUAGAUUCAGAAAACUGAACUGUCCCAACAUUGGGCAAUGCCAUGGAGGAGAAGGACUAGGAAUACACUUACUGCUUUGUUUACAGAGAUGAUGACUUGUUUGGGAACUGAACAACUUUUGUAUGACUGAAAAUUGAAGCUUAAUCAACAUAGGAGUUGCUAAUAUAAGACAAUGAUUUAAAAUAAUCUGGUGUUGGUAAGGUAUAUAUUUUUUGUUGCAAGAUUUCCUGAUAUUUAUUUGUUUUCGUUUUGUUAAGACUAGCAAAUAUAUUGUUAGAUUGUUGCGUAUAUGAAGAAAAUUGAGUUACUUUGGAUUUACUAUGUGGCAGUCUGCAUCUUCUCAAGGGGUUGGGUUAAAUGCAGAAGAAGCACUUUGGUUGAAUGCAUUCAGUUGUGCAACUGACUUAUUUCUUUAAACACACACACACACACACUCUGACGCACUUGCUUGUUUAUUAAUGUUGCACCAGUUGGUAGCUCCAGGAUGUUAUUUAUAUCUCAGCCUGACCACGUCGUAGGGUUUAUCAACUGCAUUUUUCAGGGUGAACCUCUCAGCCAGGGCAGAACAAGGCUUCCAUCACUAGCGUUGUUCAGGGUGAACCUCUCAGCCAGGGCUGAACAAGGCUUCCAUCACUAGCGUUGUUCAGGGUGAACCUCUCAGCCAGGGCAGAACAAGGCUUCCAUCACUAGCGUUGCUCGGGGUGUACCUCUCAGCCAGGGCAGAACAAGGCUUCCAUCACUAGCGUUGCUCGGGGUGAACCUCUCAGCCAGGGCAGGCUUCCAUCACUAGCGUUGUUCGGGGUGAACCUCUCAGCCAGGGCAGCAAGGCUUCCAUCACUAGCGUUGUCCAGGGUGUACCUCUCAGCCAGGGCAGAACAAGGCUUCCAUCACUAGCAUUGUCCAGGGUGUACCUCUCAGCCAGGGCAGAACAAGGCUUCCAUCACUAGCAUUGUUCAGGGUGAACCUCUCAGCCAGGGCAGAACAAGGCUUCCAUCACUAGCGUUGUUCGGGGUGAACCUCUCAGCCAGGGCAGAACAAGGCUUCCAUCACUAGCGUUGUUCGGGGUGAACCUCUCAGCCAGGGCAGAACAAGGCUUCCAUCACUAGCGUUGUUCAGGGUGAACCUCUCAGCCAGGGCAGAACAAGGCUUCCAUCACUAGCGUUGUUCAGGGUGAACCUCUCAGCCAGGGCAGAACAAGGCUUCCAUCACUAGCAUUGUUCAGGGUGAACCUCUCAGCCAGGUCAGAACAAGGCUUCCAUCACUAGCGUUGUUCGGGGUGAACCUCUCAGCCAGGGCAGAACAAGGCUUCCAUCACUAGCGUUGUUCGGGGUGAACCUCUCAGCCAGGGCAGAACAAGGCUUCCAUCACUAGCGUUGUUCGGGGUGAACCUCUCAGCCAGGGCAGAACAAGGCUUCCAUCACUAGCGUUGUUCGGGGUGAACCUCUCAGCCAGGGCAGAACAAGGCUUCCAUCACUAGCGUUGUUCGGGGUGAACCUCUCAGCCAGGGCAGAACAAGGCUUCCAUCACUAGCGUUGUUCGGGGUGAACCUCUCAGCCAGGGCAGAACAAGGCUUCCAUCACUAGCGUUGUUCGGGGUGAACCUCUCAGCCAGGGCAGAACAAGGCUUCCAUCACUAGCGUUGUUCAGGGUGAACCUCUCAGCCAGGGCAGAACAAGGCUUCCAUCACUAGCGUUGUUCAGGGUGAACCUCUCAGCCAGGGCAGAACAAGGCUUCCAUCACUAGCGUUGUUCGGGGUGUACCUCUCAGCCAGGGCAGAACAAGGCUUCCAUCACUAGCGUUGUUCGGGGUGAACCUCUCAGCCAGGGCAGAACAAGGCUUCCAUCACUAGCGUUGUUCAGGGUGUUCCUCUCAGCCAGGGCAGAACAAGGCUUCCAUCACUAGCGUUGUUCAGGGUGAACCUCUCAGCCAGGGCAGAACAAGGCUUCCAUCACUAGCGUUGUUCGGGGUGUACCUCUCAGCCAGGGCAGGCUUCCAUCACUAGCGUUGUUCAGGGUGAACCUCUCAGCCAGGGCAGAACAAGGCUUCCAUCACUAGCGUUGUUCAGGGUGUUCCUCUCAGCCAGGGCAGAACAAGGCUUCCAUCACUAGCGUUGUUCAGGGUGAACCUCUCAGCCAGGGCAGAACAAGGCUUCCAUCACUAGCGUUGCUCGGGGUGUACCUCUCAGCCAGGGCAGGCUUCCAUCACUAGCGUUGUUCAGGGUGAACCUCUCAGCCAGGGCAGAACAAGGCUUCCAUCACUAGCGUUGUUCAGGGUGAACCUCUCAGCCAGGGCAGAACAAGGCUUCCAUCACUAGCGUUGUUCAGGGUGAACCUCUCAGCCAGGGCAGAACAAGGCUUCCAUCACUAGCGUUGUUCAGGGUGAACCUCUCAGCCAGGGCAGAACAAGGCUUCCAUCACUAGCGUUGUUCAGGGUGAACCUCUCAGCCAGGGCAGAACAAGGCUUCCAUCACUAGCGUUGUUCAGGGUGAACCUCUCAGCCAGGGCAGAACAAGGCUUCCAUCACUAGCGUUGUUCAGGGUGAACCUCUCAGCCAGGGCAGAACAAGGCUUCCAUCACUAGCGUUGUUCAGGGUGUACCUCUCAGCCAGGGCAGAACAAGGCUUCCAUCUCUAGCUCAGCUGCUUGCUCCGGCAGAAAUAUCACCCUUUCUAAUAUCACAUAACUUGAUACUUCAGCGUAUCAAUUCAGUUUCAGCUCUUAUGAAAAAAGCAACUUUGCAAUCAAUUGACAUUACACAUUGUCAGUGUAAGGAAAAUAUAUUAUGAAUCGUUUGUUGUGGACCAAUAUCAGAUCAUUUCCUUUUUUGAAAUAGCUGUUAUAGAAACAGAACUUGUAUGGGGCUUGUCAGACCUGAAUACAUAUUGGAGAGGCAUUGGUACUUGCCUUAUUCUUAAAUCCUUGUCCUCCAGGACCUUCAGUAAAACAGGACAUGUUGUAAAUAUGGAAUAAAUAAGAUUUUAAUACCCUC